AUGGAUGAAGGUAAUAAAUAUCUCAAGACAUGGACUGACAUGAAAUAUAAUUUGAAGAAAAAAGCGGCGGAAAUUAAAAAGGAGCAAACUAAAACAGGAGGUGGUUUAGGAGUUACGAAAGUAUUGACUCCGUUUGAGGAGAGGGCAUUGCAGUUGCUCGGUUCGAGUUUUAUUGGCCUAAACGAGCCAGAAGUUGGUUUGCCAAAAUCUUAUUCAACAUUUCCCUCAAUUCCACCAAUUAAUGAAAACAGAAAUGAACCAUCCACUCCAAAAUUGAUUGAUGAAAAUAUCUGCCACAUCACACGUGAACACUUAAAAAAGGCUUUGGAGUCAUCUUGUUCUGUCAGUGGAUGUUCAGAAUCUUAUUUAUUAAGAGAUGAUAUACAGAGGAAUCCAAAUAACAUUAACACAGUUUUAUCUGAGGUUUUAGUUCCUCACUUGGAACAGACUCUCGGAGGUAGACUUCCAGAUCUUUCUGUUUUCUCAACCAAGGAAUAA